AUGUCUGGUGCAUCUGGUAAUAAAUAUCGUGUUUCUCUUGGUCUUCCAGUAGGUGCUGUCAUUAAUUGUUGCGACAACACCGGUGCCAGAAACUUGAACAUCAUAUCUGUCAAGGGUUUUGGUGCCAGAUUGAACAGAUUGCCUGCUGCUUCUGUUGGUGAUAUGGUUAUGGCCACCGUUAAAAAGGGUAAACCUGAAUUAAGGAAAAAAGUUAUGCCAGCUAUUGUAGUUCGUCAAGCCAAACCAUGGAGAAGAAAGGAUGGUGUAUUUUUAUACUUUGAAGAUAACGCUGGUGUUAUUGUCAACCCUAAAGGUGAAAUGAAAGGUUCUGCCAUCACUGGUCCAGUUGGUAAAGAAUGUGCUGACUUAUGGCCUCGUAUCGCCUCCAACUCUGGUGUUGUAGUCUAAGUAAUAUUUUUCAGCCCCUCUCUGCGUCCUGAUAGCUCGUAAUAAAUACAUUUCUUCUGUACCAUUCCCCUUCUAUUCAUUAAUCACCUCACUAAAACUUCCUUUAUAACUUUUGCAUUCUGUGAUUAUAUCUGCGUCCCAUUUGGGUAAUACCUCUCGUUAGGGUAACGUCUCCCCUGAUCAAACUCGCUCUUCCUCUUCAAACCCUCUU